AUGUCCGCCCUCCACGAAAUCUCCUCCGAAGCGGAUUUCAACAACCAGCUUUCCUUACUCCCUCCGACUGCUCUCGCCGUUCUUUCUUUUCAUACGCCGUGGGCCGCACCCUGCGCACAAAUGCACAAUAUUCUCUCCACAUUGGCAUCAACGUACCCCGCCACUACCCCUCCAUCUGUCAGCUUUCUUAGCGUCAAUGCAGAAGACCUCCCUGAGAUUUCGGAACAAUACGAUGUUACUGCUGUCCCUUUUCUUGCACUACUUCGUAACAAUGAACUGGUAGAUACGGUAUCAGGCUCCGAUCCCGUCAAAGUUCGCGAGACGAUUGAAAAACACAUGGGACAAAAAACACAGAACCAAGGUCCCUCCAUCCCCCCACCGUUAGCCACGACACCUAGAACUCAAAAUACACUCAGUCCUCAAAAUGGAGCCAGUCUCGUCUAUCAGACACCCCAGCAGGAACCAUCUCCGCCAACGAAAGAAGAACUUUUUGCUCGGCUUUCCGAGCUCGUCAAAGCCGCGCCCGUGAUGCUAUUCAUGAAAGGGACGCCCAGUGAGCCCCAAUGUGGCUUUAGCAGACAAAUCGUGGGAAUAUUGCGCGAGAAUGGGGUGAAAUAUGGGUUCUUUAAUAUCCUAGCGGAUGAAGACGUUAGACAGGGGCUCAAGGAGUUUGGAGAUUGGCCAACCUUUCCACAAUUGUGGGUUAAAGGCGAGCUAGUUGGUGGCCUGGAUAUUGUCAAGGAAGAAAUCGAAGCGAAUCCCGAUUUCUUUCGCGACUAUUCGGUGGCGAGAGCCCCAAUUGCCCCAGCAGCUUAA